AGCAUGGAAAGAGCCCAAACAAACUUCUAUAUGAGUCUAUCAAAACAAUUAUACAAGUGGGACUUAAAUUCAUGACAAAAUUUUGGUUUCAUCUUCUCUAUUUUCAAGUAUGUUUUAAUAAGUGGUACUAAAACAACUAAACAAGCUCUUAUAUAUGUAAAGUAAACAAUCAUUCAUGGGUUAUAUCACACAAUAUUCAUAACUUUUGAUAUUGUCUUUUUCAUUUCAUAUGUAGUUUCUAUAAACAGUACAAAUGUCAUUGGCCAACAGAUCAAAAGAACAAACUUACCCUCAACCAAAACCAACUAUAAAACUUUGUCACAAGUAAUACAUGCUCUUCUUCUAAAUCCUACCAAAAGGAGCUUGAACUUCUCACCUUCUUUUUUUGCAUAACAUCUAUCUUUUUCAUCCUUCAUUUUCCUUCUAGAAGCCAAAAUAAUUGUCAAGAUUAACAAAAAUGGAGAAGAAAAAUGCAAUUAAAGAUGAGGCUUUGUUGCAACACCCUUAUCUUCUUGUGUUAGUUGUUGUAUUAGGGUUUAUUAUAAUGGAUCCAUUUGAAUUGGGUCCUUUGGGAGGGUAUGAGUUCAAGCCUAUUAAGAAUCAAAUUGCACCUUACAAUGAAGUUAUGAAAAAUUGGCCUAGAGACAACCAAAGUCGAUUGGGCCAACACGGUAAAUUGGAGUUUGUUGAUCAAGUUUUUGGCCCAGAAUCAUUGGAGUUUGAUAAAUUGGGCCGAGGCCCAUAUACCGGAUUGGCAGAUGGUCGAGUUGUAAGAUGGAUGGGUGAGAAAAUUGGGUGGGAAACAUUUGCGACUGUGACAUCAACCUGGUCAAUGAAAUUAUGUGGGAAAGGAGUUGACUCAACAACAGCAAAGCAAUGGAAGUUUGAGCAAUUAUGUGGGCGCCCAUUGGGCCUUAGGUUCGAUCAAAAAACAGGAAAUUUGUACAUUGCUGAUGCAUAUUAUGGGCUUCUUGUUGUUGGGCCUGAAGGUGGUCUUGCUACUCCUUUGGCAACCCAUGUUGAUGGAGAUCCCAUACUUUUUGCAAAUGAUCUUGAUAUUCACAAAAAUGGCUCAAUUUUCUUCACUGAUACUAGCAAGAGAUACAAUAGAGUGCACCACUUCUUGAUAUUAUUAGAGGGAGAAGCCACAGGUAGGCUUCUAAGAUAUGAUCCAUCUACCAAAGAAACACAUGUUGUAUUGGAUGGCUUGGCUUUUCCUAAUGGAGUUCAAUUAUCAAAAGAUCAAACUUUUCUCCUCUUCACUGAAACUACUAAUUGCAGGCUUAUGAAGUUGUGGCUUGAAGGCUCAAAAACAGGACAAGUAGAGGUGGUAGCAAACUUGCCAGGGUUUCCAGACAACGUAAGACUAAACGAAAAGGGCGAAUUUUGGGUAGCUAUAGAUUGUUGUAGGACAGCACCACAAGAGGUGAUGAUCAACAACCCGUGGCUAAGACGAAUGUAUUUUAGGCUGCCACUACCCUUGAAGAUCUUGGCUAGGCUAAUGGGGAUGAAGAUGUACACCGUGAUUUCGCUUUUCAAUGAGGAUGGGAAGAUCAUUGAAGUGUUGGAAGAUAAACAAGGUGUUGUGAUGCAAUUAGUGAGUGAAGUUAGAGAGGUUAAUGGUAAACUUUGGAUAGGAACUGUGGCUCAUAACCACAUUGCUACUCUGCCUUACCCUGCAUUAGUUUAAGCCAUAUUAGGGUGGUUUUGUUCAUGUAUGUUGUUUUUUCUAAGGAGAGUUGUGUUGAUGUUUUGGAAUUUCAUGCAAGAGCUUGAUUUAUUAGAUUUUAGAGUGAUUAUUGAUUGAAUAAUACCAUAAAUUAAACAUUAUACGUGUAAUCUAAUAGUUCAUGAAA